GGCUAUACGUGGACAUGAUGACAAAGACGUACAUGAAGAGAGGUCCGCAGGGCAACAAUGGAAUUUUCUCUGAUCGAAGAGCAGGAAAGGGAAGGUUAUCGGUAUGGGGCUGCGAGCAGUGUGCCGAUUAGUCGCCCUGGGUAGCCUUCUUCAGAUAUCCGCUUGCUGGACCUCUCCAUGCCCGGGCAUUUGCAGGUGCACCGAAGAAAGUAUUCGCUGCACCAAGGAAACUCAACUCAGCUCUCGGUCCCAAUCGGCGCUCCCUACCAGUCUAAGAUUCAUCCACCUACCCUUUAAAGAAGUUAAGAGCGGGUCUUUCAGAGGACUACUUAACGUGUCCAGAAUCGAAAUACUGCAGAGCGUCUCCCUCAGGAGAAUAAAGGGCAAAGCUUUUCUGUCACUGCACAGUCUCUCAGAAAUGCUGAUACAGAAUGUCUACAACUUGGAGGCCAUAGAAAGAGGUGCUUUCACUGACCUGCCCAAGCUAAAGUACUUGAGCAUCUGUAACACACGCCUGAGGUACUUUCCUGAUCUCACCACUAUUGCCUCUAUAGAGUCAUACUUCUUUCUGGAGCUGGCAGAUAACAUGGAGAUCGACACGGUUCCUUCCAACGCCUUCCUGGGCAUGACUGAUAAGUACACGCACAUGAACCUUUUCCGAAAUGGGUUUAAAGACAUACAGAAUCACGCCUUCAAUGGAACCAAGCUGGAUAAACUAGUUCUAAAGGACAACAGCCAUCUCAGGAAAAUACACGACGCCGCCCUGGAGGGAGCAGUUGGGCCGAGUUUGCUGGACGUGUCCUCCACACCUCUCCGCAUGCUCCCAGCCUAUGGUUUGCUGGAGGUGAGGGUGCUGGCUGCCCGCUCGACCCCCGCCUUGAAGACCCUACCGCCCCUGGAGAGCCUGGCCAAUUUGCAGGAGGCCCAGCUCACAUACCCCAGCCAUUGCUGUGCCUUCCACACCUGGAAACGACAUCACAGAGACAACGCUUUCCUGCGGGAGUUUGGGAAGCUGGCCAUCCCGUUUAGCAGCGACAGCCUGCAGGGAGUCAUCUACCCCUCUGACAGCAUUCCGGUAUUCAUGGAGGGCGACAGCAAUCUUGACACUGACCCCGACGAUGUGGAGUUUCAGUAUUCAGACCUGGUGCUAGGCAUUGGUACCACCAUGAAGUGCACCCCAGAGCCAGACGCCUUCAACCCCUGCGAGGACCUCCUAGGCUUUGCCUUUCUGCGUACGGCCACAUGGGGCAUCACCGUGCUGGCGAUCAUGGGGAACCUGACAGUGCUGGGGGUCCUACUGGCCAGCCACCGCAAGCUCACCGUCUCCCGCUUCCUCAUGUGCAACCUGGCCUUCGCAGACCUCUGCAUGGGCAUCUACCUUCUGCUCAUCGCCACAGCUGACCACCGAUCCCAGCGCGAGUACUACAAUCACGCCACCCAGUGGCAGACGGGGGCAGGUUGUGGCGUGGCCGGCUUUCUCACAGUAUUCGCCAGUGAGCUGUCCAUCUACACGCUGACCACGAUCACCUUAGAGCGCUGGCACACCAUCAACUACGCCAUGCAGCUGGAGCGGAGGCUGAGGCUACGGCAUGUGGUGGCCACAAUGGCGGGCGGUUGGGCUUUCUCUCUGCUGGCCGCGCUGCUCCCGCUGCUCGGUGUCAGCAGCUACACCAAGGUCAGCAUCUGCCUGCCCAUGGACAUCGAGACAACGGCCGCCCAGGGCUACGUGGUUACGGUGCUGCUCCUCAACGUGGCCGCCUUCCUGGUGGUCUGCACCUGCUACAGUCGCAUCUACCUGAUGGUCCGGCGGCCACGACGACCUGCCUGCCAUGCCGACGCCAAGAUCGCCAAGCGCAUGGCUGUGCUGGUCUUCACCGACUUCCUCUGCAUGGCGCCCAUCUCCUUCUUCGCCAUCUCCGCAGCCCUACGCACUCCGCUCAUCACUGUGUCGCACGCCAAAGUCCUCCUUGUGCUCUUCUACCCCCUCAACUCACUCUGCAACCCCUUCCUCUACACCAUUUUCACCAGGGCCUUCCGGCGGGACGUCCGCCUGCUGGUUGCUCGCUGGGGCCGCUGUCACACCUGGACUGAUGGCUCCAGGACUCAGAGCCACUGUCCACACAGGGGCCCCAAGGCGGCGGCCCCACAGAAACCUGGCUCAGCGCCAUUCUAUGUCGAUCACAUCAAGAUGCACGGCUGGUUCCUCAAGCGAGGCCCCAAGUGA